CAGCCUCCCCUCAGCCAGCUGCCUGCUCGGCGAAAUAAACAUGACGAUGUUGUCAACCACGAUUUUUUCAGUGCAACAGCACUAAAAGUACAGCACUGAACACAGCAAGGGACGUUGGAAAUUAUCUUUAACUAAGUUUGUGACAAACUGUUGUUUGAGUGCUGUGAUCGGGACAAACACCAUUUUCAGAAGUUGAGAAGUGGACCGUCAAUACUGCAAUGCCGCUGCUGUUUUUGGAGAGGUUUCCAUGGCCCAGCCUGCAGACCUACACAGUACUGAGUGUGGUUUUGCUUGCUGGCAGCAUCUUCAGUGCCUACACCACUGUGACUGAUCCAGGCUUUGGGGCCCUGGAAACUGAUGAAACACCAACUCCCUCUGAAACGAACCUUGAACAUUUAAACAAUGAUAUUAGUAAUACAGAAUUGGCAACCACUGUCCUGUGGUAUCUUGUCACUGACAGUCUCUUUGUAUGGGUGUUGGUCAACACAUUCUGCUGCUCUUUGAUGUUAAUUGCGAAAAUGAUUCAGUAUGUGGUGUUCGGACCACUUAGAGUGAGUGAGAAGCAGCACCUCAAAGAUAAAUUCUGGAACUUCAUCUUCUACAAGUUUAUUUUCAUCUUUGGCGUACUGAACGUACAGACAGUGGAGGAAGUGGUCAUGUGGUGUUUGUGGUUCUCUGCCCUGGUUUUUCUCCACCUCAUGGUUCAGCUCUGCAAAGAUCGAUUUGAAUACCUGUCAUUCUCCCCCUCCACUCCCAUGAACAGCCAUGUGCGAGUGCUUUGUCUGCUGGUCUCCCUGCUGUUGGACUGCUGUGGCCUGGCUGUGGUCUGUGGUCUGCUGGGAGCGUCCCAUGGCAUGCACACGCUCUCCUUUAUGGCAGCAGAGUGUCUGCUGGUGACUGUACGCACUGGGCAUGUCAUCACGCGGUACUCCAUUCAUCUGUGGGAUCUAAACCAUCCAGGCACUUGGGAGAGUAAGGGAACAUAUGUCUACUACACAGACUUCAUCAUGGAGCUAGCUAUGUUGUUUCUGGACCUCAUGCACCAUAUCCAUAUGCUGCUUUUUGGUAACAUCUGGCUGUCCAUGGCAAGCUUGGUUAUCUUCAUGCAGCUGCGGUAUCUCUUCCAUGAGGUCCAGCGCCGUGUUCGCCGACACAAGAACUAUCUUCGUGUCAUCAACAACAUGGAAGCCAGGUUUGCUGUUGCUACUGCGGAAGAGCUGGCAGCUAAUGAUGAUGAUUGUGCCAUAUGCUGGGAUACCAUGUUGACCGCACGCAAACUACCCUGUGGCCAUCUCUUCCACAACUCUUGUUUGCGUUCAUGGCUCGAGCAGGACACCUCGUGUCCAACGUGUCGGACAUCCCUGAACAUUAAUGGGGAUGGUGGCCAGGCGAGGGGCCAGCAGCAGGGCGGAGGUUUGGAAGACAACAUUGGCCCAGUAGGAGCCGCUCCAGAUGCCAGACCUCAUAUUAACCAACACAACCACUUCUUCCACUUUGAUGGAUCUCGCAUUGCCAGCUGGCUGCCCAGUUUCUCAGUGGAAGUAAUGCACACUACCAAUAUCUUGGGUAUUGCUCAGGCCAACAACUCCCAGCUCAUGGCAAUGGCCCAUCAGAUCCAAGAGAUGUUCCCUCAGGUGCCCUCCUACCUGGUAAUGCAGGACCUGCAGUUGACCCGCUCUGUGGAGGUCACCACUGACAACAUCCUGGAGGGACGCAUCCAGGUGCCUUUCCCAACACAGGCCAUAGAACGUGCACCUAUACAGGUGGGCCCUGCAUCAGAUGAGCAGGCAGGGCCCAGUGGAGCAGCUGAGCAGGGCCUCAGCGAGCCAGACAACAUGGAGGUCAGAGGAGGUCGCUUCUCUAAGUCGGCUGAGGAGAGGCAGAAGAUGCUGAAGCAGAGGAAAGAGGAGAUGCUCCAGCAUGCACGCAGGAGAUACUUGAACAAAAGUCCAGAGGACCAGGAUGAGGAUUUGCCUGGACUUGAGGAGGACAUUGUCCCAGAGUUGGACUCAACUGUGCUGAGACGUAGAACCGUGGCAGCAGCUGCAGAGAGACGCAUGCAAAACCAACAAGACCCUUCACCCUGAUACAAAGGUUGGCUUGAGCUGAAGAGUCUACCACAUCAUCAUCCCAAGGGACACCAACAGAGCUAUUUCAACCUCCCCCCAUUUGGUGUACAGUCAAUGGUCAUCACCUAUUCUACACUAUAAUUAAAAAGCAUUGCAAACAUGGCCAUUGGACUGUUUUGGGCUGCCUAAAUAAGGUGGGACUAUUGUGAAUAGCCUCUGCAUCACUGAUUCAGGCCUGAGUAUUUGGAGCAUUAUAUAAAUCGUUGGGUGCAAAUCAAGAAAUGCAAAGUUGCAUUGCCCUUUAUUCUCAUGCCACACCUUGCAACCACCAGCUUCAAUAGAGAGUCAUUAUCUGCUAAGACUGAGACUGGCUUUCAAAAAUGAGCAUGCUUUGCAUUCAGGAGAUUUCAGGAGUAUUUUAUGAAAAGUUUGAAGGUGUCAUCAUUAGAUAAAGCUACUGUUUGAGUCCUUGUUUGUUUUCUUUUUAUCAGACUUUUUUUUCUCCACUUUUUUUGCUCAUGGCGGAAAACUUUGUAUUCUGGAUGGAGAAACUCAUCUGUCGAUUUGUGUGUUAUAUUCUGAGUUUCAACUGUGAAUUAAGUGUAGGCAAAAUAACACGUUUUUAUUUCUUACCUCAGUGUAAGAGAAUGUCACUUUAGUAUUGUUCAGCCUUCUGUCAAAUAUGAAUGUUUCUAUCACAAAAUAAUGCUGCAAACAAAGUGUUUUUGACCCACCUGGGUUUUUCUGUAUUUAGUGUGUAAUAUCAUCCAUUGCAAACAAUUUGCAUUUUGUUAUUUAACUAGAGGGGGGAGUUGGCAUGUAAAUCUUUGUUUUCUAAUAGUGGUCCCUUGAGAUGCAUAGGUAACAAAGGGGAUGUAUUACAUUUUGUACAAAUAGAAUGGGUAUCAUCUUCUCAGUCUUUCUUAAAUUCCCACUGCUGUUGAGCUGUGAAAAUAUUCUUUUCAGUUGAGUGUGAGGUUAUUGGCCGUCUGUGUCUACCAUAUUUUAAGGUGUGUAGAAAUGAUUAAGUCUGCGGCAGCUGUACUUGCCUCACUGUAUUUUGAAGAUGUUUUGCAACUAUUUCAACAGUCUUCAUCAGCUCUAUAGGGGAAGAUCUUGUUCUUCUUCCAGUAGAAAUGGUAAAGCCUCUUGGAUGAGCAGCAAAACAUUUUCAUGACUUAACAGCAAAUCAGUUGCGUUUGAUAUAAUACUUCUAGAUAUGAUGCGACCUGAAUGACUGAGAAUUUUGAUGAAGAAAUUUCUUGACAGUUUUUAUUUGCCCAUCCUUUGUCUACUCACAUUGAGGAGUGUUAAUCAAAAAAUCAUACCAGCGGGGAACAUAAUCAUCCUCUGCUAAAAUAUGUUAUUACAAAAAUGUACAGCAAUGUACAAUAUGGACUAGACCCUUGAAGUUUUCUGGGUAUUGUCAAAUUUCACUGAAUCUGUAGCUGGUUGAGACAUAUCAACGGACGCAAAUAUGGGGACUGUGUGUAUUAUAAAUGUUUAAUUUCUGUGAUUACUGUGCAGGGGCAGUUUGGGGUGAGAUAUGCAUGAACCUAGACAAGUGCUUUUGUUUCCUUCCACUUUAUCCCAAAGAGCAGCCUACGAACUUCCACUAAAAGCUGAAGUGUUGUGAUCUUAA